AUGGAAUCUGCUAUGGGCGAACGCGGCACCUUCAAGCCUGCACCGACGGCACAGUCCCAGAACAAGCCGGGAUUGGAGACCAUAAUGGCAGAGCCUAGUGAGUCGACCAAACUAGAGGGCCUCCACGGCUUUUCUGAAUAUGUGGGUUCCGGAAAGCUGAAAGGCAAAACUGCUCUAAUCACCGGCGGAGACUCUGGGAUUGGUAGAGCAGUUGCUAUUCUGAUGGCCAGAGAGGGUGCGGAUGUUACUAUCGUUUAUCUGCCCGCAGAACAGGUAGACGCUGAGACGACCAAAAAGUCUGUUGAGCAAGAGAAGAGGUCCUGCCUUCUUGUCCCAGGUGAUUUGAAAGAUCGCAACGUCUGUUGCCGCGCAGUGGAUGAACAUGUGAAGAAGUACGGCACGGUCAAUAUACUUGUCAACAAUGCGUCGAAACAGUACAUAUGUACGGAAUUUGAGAAGACCAAUCUGGAUGAGACUGAAGACGUAUUCAGAACCAAUAUCAUCCAGAUGAUGGCAAUGGCGAAGUUUGCUCUUCCUCAUAUGUCACGAGGUGAUUCGAUCAUCAAUACUUCUUCUGUUGUGACUUUCCGUGGCUCGGGGACCAUGAUUGAUUAUGCUGCAACCAAGGGAGCUAUUAUUGGUUUUACUAGGUCUUUGGCGAAACACUUGAUUCCAAAGGGUAUUCGAGUCAAUGCAGUAGCUCCAGGUGCGAUCUAUACACCAAUCCAAGUCGACACCCGAGAUCCCCAGCAGAUGGAAGGAUGGGGUCAGAAGGCUAGUCUUGGCCGACCAGGUGAGCCUAGUGAGGUUGCGACAAGCUUCGUCUUCUUGGCUAGUGCGUGCGCCUCUCUAUACUAUGGGCAAAUCCUACAUUGUUACCCGCUUGGUGACUAA